AUGCCCCUACUGCAUACUACCGCGGCCGUUACAAGACAUCUCCGAGAGAUCCUCGCUCUCCGCGUGAAGCCUACCACUGCAACCACAAGCCGCGUCCUCAGCACUACUCCCUGUGUACUCAAGCAACCCCAGUUCCCACCCAGAAUCCAGCUCCUCGACUCAGACCUCAAGCACGACUUCGUUCUCGGCCGCGGACCCGGCGGACAGGUCAUUAACAAGACCGCGUCGGCAGCGCAGAUAACCCACCUCCCAACGGGAAUUGUUGUGAAGAAUCAAUCCACACGGUCCCGAGCGCAGAACUACAAAAUAGCACGGCAGAUACUAGCCGAUAAGGUGGAUGAGGCGUUGAAUGGUGCAGGAAGCCGGCCGGCCGUGAAGCAGGCGGUCAAGGCGAAAAAGAAGGCGAGUGGUGAAAAGAAGAAGAGGAGGAAGUAUAGGGCACUUGCGGAGGGGAAGCAUGGUGAUGGCGGGGGAGAUUAUGGCGGCGAUGAGGUAGAGGUGCACGAUCAAGACGAUGAGCAAGGGUCGCAGCUCAAGUGUGCCGAGAUAGAGGUGAGGUACACUGUUCAGGACAAGCAGGCGACAUGA